GAGCGAAGGGUUUUAUUUCUCAUUGAUCAGGAGCAAGAAGACUGUGAAACAGAGAGAAAUCAAAGAGAAUGAGAACGCAGUCAGAAUUGCUAUUAGCUCUUUCAAUCCUCUUCUUUCAAUCUAAUCUUUUCUGCUAUGCGCUAUAUGGGCCUUCAUCUCCUGUACUCCAAUUAAAUCCUUCCAACUUCAAGUCCAAGGUAUUGAACUCAAAUGGAGUGGUUCUUGUAGAGUUCUUUGCACCAUGGUGUGGGCACUGUAAAGCUCUCACUCCAACUUGGGAGAAGGCAGCUGCUGUUCUGAAAGGUGUUGCAACCGUGGCAGCACUUGAUGCCGAUGCCCACCAGUCUCUUGCUCAGGAAUAUGGGAUUAGGGGUUUUCCGACCAUUAAAGUGUUUGUACCUGGGAACCCUCCAGUAGAUUAUCAAGGGGCUAGGGAUGUGAAACCCAUUGCAGAAUAUGCACUUAAGCAGAUAAAAGCACUUUUAAAGGAUCGUUUGAAUGGAAAGUCAACUGGAGGAUCUAGUGAGAAAUCUGAAACUAGUCUAUCUGUAGAAUUGAAUUCCCGCAAUUUUGAUGAGCUGGUACUCAAAAGUAAAGAACUGUGGAUUGUCGAGUUUUUUGCACCUUGGUGUGGUCACUGCAAGAAACUGGCUCCUGAGUGGACGAAGGCUGCCAAUAACUUGCAAGGGAAGGUGAAGCUGGGUCAUGUUGACUGUGAUUCUGAGAAGUCUCUGAUGAGCAGGUUCAAUGUACAAGGAUUCCCCACCAUCUUGGUGUUUGGUGCCGAUAAAGAUACUCCUAUACCAUAUGAGGGUGCUAGAACUGCCUCAGCCAUUGAAUCAUUUGCUUUGGAGCAGCUGGAAUCAAAUGUUGCACCACCUGAAGUGACUGAGCUGACCGGCCCAGAUGUGAUGGAAGAGAAGUGUGGUUCAGCAGCCAUCUGUUUCGUUGCUUUCUUGCCCGACAUUUUGGACUCCAAGGCAGAAGGAAGGAACAAGUACCUUGAGCAGUUGUUAUCUGUUGCUGAGAAGUUUAAAAGGAGCCCUUACAGCUAUGUCUGGGCAGCUGCUGGUAAGCAGCCAGAUCUUGAAAAUCGGGUAGGUGUUGGUGGAUAUGGAUAUCCAGCUCUGGUAGCCUUGAAUGCGAAGAAAGGAGCGUAUGCCCCACUUAAAAGUGCAUUUGAACUUGAACAUAUUGUAGAGUUUGUCAAGGAAGCCGGGCGUGGUGGGAAGGGAAAUUUACCUUUGAAUGGCAAUCCAGAAAUAGUGAAGACUGAACCAUGGGAUGGUAAAGAUGGAGAGAUCAUCGAAGAGGAUGAGUUUUCCCUUGAAGAAUUAAUGGGAGAAGAUGCUGGAAGCAAGGAUGAGUUAUAACCAACUUGAAGCACGCUUAAAGGAGGAGAACGAAAUUUUAGCUUGGAUACGAUUUUGAUGUCGCCGAGUAAUUUGUCUGUGAGUCUUUUUCUUGUUAGGAUGUUUGUCAAUCUUCAAAUCUCAAGUGCUACCCUUAAAAGAGGUUGUUGUUGAGGAACCGCUAUUGAUCACAAUGAAUAUGGUUGAACUUUCCAUGGCUGUAUCACAUUUACUCGAAAGUUUCCAUGGCA